CUGUUCUAUUCCACAAACGCUCAGAGGAAAACGGUGAGGCAGAAAGCGGUGGGCGGAAAGAGAAUUCAGGUUGUUGAAGACCAUAGGGAACUUUCACUCUUCACUUGAAAGGAAAUAACAUUGAAGAUUAAAGUCAAAGAAAUUCCGUAUCCAUAGAUUAGUAGAUGGCGUCAGUGAAUGACUCUCGCCUUCAGCAGCAGCCUGCCCAGAAGGAUGCGGCUGACCAGAACUUUGACUACAUGUUCAAGCUGCUGAUCAUUGGCAACAGCAGUGUGGGGAAGACCAGCUUCCUGUUCCGCUAUGCUGAUGACUCCUUCACCUCAGCCUUUGUCUCCACUGUGGGCAUAGACUUCAAGGUCAAGACCGUCUUCCGCAAUGAGAAAAGGAUAAAGCUACAGAUAUGGGACACAGCGGGACAGGAGCGCUACCGUACCAUCACCACAGCCUACUACAGAGGAGCCAUGGGCUUCCUGCUCAUGUAUGACAUCACCAACCAGGACUCCUUCAACGCUGUGCAGGACUGGGCAACUCAGAUUAAGACAUACUCUUGGGACAACGCACAGGUGAUCCUGGUGGGAAACAAGUGUGAACUGGAGGAUGACAGGCUAGUCCCCACAGAGGAUAGUCAGAGACUGGCCAAAGAUCUUGGGUACCAGUUCUUUGAGGCCAGCGCCAAGGACAACAUCAACGUGAAGCAGGUGUUUGAGCGGCUGGUAGACGUCAUCUGUGAGAAGAUGAACGAGAGCAUGGGCGGAGAUGCCAACAUGUUGUCCAAUCACAGGAGCACCAGUCUACAGGACUCGCCUCCAGAGAACCAUGGGGGCUGUGGCUGCUAAAUCCCACCUCAUUUCUCCUCACAGCCCCACACCAAACCCUGUCACUGUGCCUGAAGUAUAGAGAGUACACAUCAAACUACACCCCCUAACACAGCCACUACAGUGAAAACCAUAAAGCAGCUAGCUGAGAUAACCAUCGGUCCCCUCCCCUCGGUCCAUCCAGUGUUAUCCCACAUAUCCCCUGUUCUAGUUUCUGUAUUCCCUGAAAAGGCCCCAUCUCUCUUGUGUACUGUGCCCCCCCCCCCCAGCCUCUACCACAUGGCAUCCCCUCUGCUCUUCUGGCACAAAAUAAAUGUAAGUACUGUA